AUCUUGACGUUUUUUAUGUUCUGUACACGUAAAGUCCGUUAUCUGUGUAAUUUAGGUGUCUUUUAAGUGUGUGAUUCCGUAUAUUCGGAAUGGGGGACUCUUUAGAGGCGUCAGAAACGGCGCCGGAGAGCCAGAACGUGGCGAUAGUUGAAAUAAACGCUUUUACCAAUUUUAUUCUAAAAGCCGCAACGGUUUUACUACCCGAAGAUGACGGUCAGGCCGAACCGACAAACUUAAGCUCUUCUUUAGACGAUAAAACUAAUCAGGAGUUUAUCAAGAAGUUUCUAAGCGACCCGCAAGUGCAGACUUUGUACAUCCAGAGGAAUUCCUCCAAAGAUGAUGAUAAUGAUCAGCCCCCAGAAGGUGAGGAGGAAAAGGAGCCUGUCACUUACUAUGUUUGCAAUGAGGUUCAUUAUUCAAGUUCCAAAAUGUCAUCCUUGGUUUGCAUUAAACGUGGGGCUGUGGUUGAGGCUGAUAAAAGCAUCAGGGCUCAAGUAAGGCUGUUGAAUUUUAGCGAUGGAUCUCCCUACGAAAUUUUGCAUUCCUAUGUUAGCAAAUCAGUGGCUCCUUUCUUUAAGUCUUAUGUUAAGGAGAGUGGAAGAGCAGAUAGAGAUGGCGACAAAAUGGCGCCUGCAGUCGAAAAAACAAUCGCCGAACUGGAAAUGGGUCUUUUACACCUUCAACAGAACAUCGACAUCCCGGAAAUUUCUCUACCUGUGCACCCAUACGUGGCCAGCUUGAUAAAGCAGUGCGCCGACGAGGGCCGCAAACCCAAAGUCGCCGAUUUCAGCGACAAAGUGGAAGAUUCAAACUUUUUAAACCAGCUGCAACACGGCGUUAACAGAUGGAUUAAGGAGAUUCAAAAGGUGACCAAGUUGGAUAGGGAUCCAUCGUCGGGGACAGCGUUGCAGGAGAUUAGUUUCUGGUUGAAUUUGGAAAGGGCGCUUCAUAGGAUACAGGAGAAGAGGGAGAGUAUGGAGGUGGCUUUGACGUUGGAUAUUUUGAAGCACGGGAAGAGAUUCCAUGCUACCGUAUCGUUCGAUACUGAUACAGGGUUAAAGCAAGCCAUAGCUACAGUUAACGAUUAUAAUCCGUUGAUGAAGGAUUUCCCUAUCAACGAUCUUUUGGCGGCCACUGAGUUGGAGAGAAUUCGUGCUUCUGUGCAACUGAUAUUCGCGCAUUUACGUAAAGUGAGAUCAACGAAAUACCCCAUACAGCGAUGCUUACGUCUGGUCGAAGCUAUCUCACGUGAUGUGGGAGCCCAGCUACUCAAAGUCUUGGGUACAAGGCGUCUAAUGCACAUUCCGUUCGACGAAUUCGAAAAAGUAAUGACACAUUGCUUCGACGUGUUCGCCAUCUGGGAGGACGAAUACGAAAAACUACAGGCCUUACUUCGCGACAUAAUGAAGAAGAAACGUGACGAGCACAUCAAGAUGGUUUGGCGCAUAGCUGCGCACCACAAGAAGCUCCAAAACCGCAUGGAGCAGAUGCGAAAGUUCCGCCGACAGCACGAGCAGCUUCGUACUGUUAUAGUGCGCGUUUUACGCCCUACAGUGCGCGAAGCUGCAGCUACCGCUGAAGGCGAAGAGGAGCCAGCAAAACCGACGUUCUCCCUUGAUGCAGCUGAUGCUAACGCUAUCGAGGAGGUAAAUUUAGCGUAUGAAAACGUGAAAGAAGUUGAUUGUUUGGAUAUCUCCAAGGAAGGUCAGGAUGCUUGGGAUGCAGCUGUGCAGCGCUACGAAGAGCGCAUUGAUAGAGUCGAAACUCGCAUCACAGCCCAUCUUAGAGACCAAUUGGGAACGGCUAAAAAUGCCAAUGAGAUGUUCAGGAUUUUCUCUCGCUUCAACGCUCUAUUUGUAAGGCCGCAUAUUAGAGGCGCCAUACGCGAAUACCAAACUCAUUUAAUUCAAAGAGUAAAGGAUGAUAUUGAGGCUCUGCACGAGAAGUUUAAGGUUCAAUACCCACAAAGUAACAGCGCUAGAAUCAGUAAAGUGAGAGAUUUACCUCCAGUGGCGGGCUCUAUAGUGUGGGCCAAACAAAUCGACCAUCAACUUACAACUUACCUUAGAAGAGUGGAAGAUGUUUUGGGUAAAGGUUGGGAGAACCACAUCGACGGUCAGAAGCUUAAAGCCGAUGGAGACAGCUUCAGGUUAAAGCUGAACACCCAGGAAAUCUUCGAUGACUGGGCGAGAAAUGUUCAACAGAGGAAUUUGGGCGUAUCAGGAAGAAUUCUUACCAUUGAAGCUGUUAGGUCAAGAAAUGGCAGAGGCAAUGUCUUGAAGCUGAAAGUAAACUUCCUCCCGGAAAUCAUUACUUUAGCCAAAGAAGUGCGUAACUUAAAAUGCCUGGGCUUCAGAGUACCUCUUGCAAUCGUCAAUAAAGCCCAUCAAGCUAAUCAACUUUAUCCCUUUGCUAUUUCCCUAAUUGAAAGUGUCAGGACAUACGAAAUGACUUUGGAAAAGAUCGAAGAUAAAGCCAGCAUAAUACCGUUGGUAGCCGGUAUGCGCAAGGAAGUCCAACAAUUGAUCGCCGAUGGAAUACAGUUAGUCUGGGAGAGUUAUAAGUUGGACCCCUACGUCCAAAAACUGUCCGACACAGUUGUAAGUUUUCAGGAACGCGUUGAAGAGCUCGUUAUCGUUGGAGAGCAAUUGGAUGUUGAUGUGAGAUCACUGGAAACUUGCCCAUACUCAGCAAACACUUUUGCAGACAUUUUAUCGAAAAUACAACACGCCGUUGAUGAUUUAUCGUUAAAGCAAUACUCGAAUUUGCAUAUUUGGGUGACAAGACUCGAUGAGGAAGUGGAGAAAAAUUUGUCGCGACGUUUACAAGCCGGCGUGGAAGCGUGGACAGACGCUCUAAACGGCCAAAAGAAGGAAAUCGACCACAGUAUGGAUACAGAUGCGCCGGCUCAACCAACGCACAAACCAGGCGGUGAUCCGCAGAUUCAAGUCGUAGUGCACGAAGUCAGAAUCACAAAUCAAACAAUGUAUUUGUAUCCCAGUAUAGAAGAAGCUAGAUUCCAAAUAAUGCAGCAGUUAUUCGCCUGGCAAGCUAUCGUAACGUCGCAACAAAGGUUACAGAGCAGUAGGUACCAAGUUGGAGUGGAUAAACCUGUUACAGAAACCUACAGAAACAUUCUGACAAAGCUACCUGGCGGUCCGGUACCUUUAAACAACGCCUAUGAAGCUAUAGCCGGUAAAACCAAGGAAAUACAGAAAUACGUCAACGAGUGGCUAACGUAUCAGUCCUUGUGGGACCUCCAAGCCGAUAAUCUCUAUGGAAACCUUGGGGAAGAUAUCAACAAAUGGAUGGUUUGUCUCAACGACAUAAAGAAAACAAGAACCACAUUCGACACAUCUGAUACACGACGUGAAUUCGGCCCUGUUGUCAUAGAUUUCGCAAAAGUACAGAGCAAAGUGUCACUAAAAUACGACUCUUGGCAUAAAGAAACCUUAAGUAAGUUUGGUACUUUACUAAGCAACGAAAUGGCGACCUUCCAUACCAACGUAUCGAAAUCCAGAUCAGAUUUAGAGCAGCAAAGCAUCGAAGCCGCUAGCACAUCGGACGCUGUGACUUUCAUUACAUACGUUCAGCAGCUGAAGAGGAACAUGAAAGCCUGGGAAAAACAGGUGGAAGUGUACAGGGAAGGUCAACGAAUCCUGGAAAGGCAAAGAUUUCAAUUCCCCACAAGCUGGCUUCACGUCGAAAACCUCGAAGGAGAGUGGGGUGCUUUCAACGAAAUCAUCAAAAGGAAGGAUUCCUCCAUACAAACCCAAGUUGCUAGCUUGCAACAGAAGAUUGUCUCUGAAGACAAGGCUGUUGAAAGUCGCACCAAUGACUUCUUAGUCGACUGGGAGAAGAGCAAACCCGUAGAAGGACAUUUGAAACCUGACGAAGCCUUACAACAACUCCAAUUAUUCGAAAGCAAAUUCACCAGAUUGAAGGAAGAAAGGGAUAACGUUGCUAAAGCUAAGGAAGCUUUGGAGUUACAAGAACCAGGCGGUAUCAGCACUAGUGAAGAUAGAAUGCAAGUGGUGUUCGAGGAGUUGCAAGAUUUGCGUGGAGUGUGGUCGGAAUUGAGCAGAAUCUGGACGCAAAUCGACGAAACCAGAGAAAAACCGUGGUUAUCGGUGCAACCAAGAAAAUUGCGUCAACAAUUAGACGCUAUGUCUUCGCAGUUGAAAGAACUACCAGCAAGGCUACGCCAAUAUGCUUCGUAUGAGUACGUAAAGAAAACUCUGCAGACUUAUACGAAAGUUAACAUGAUGAUUGUCGAACUGAAAUCGGACGCCCUUAAGGAGCGCCACUGGAAGCAACUAAUGAAGCAAUUAAGAGUUAACUGGGUGUUAUCUGAUUUAACUCUAGGACAAGUAUGGGAUGUAAACCUACAGAAAAACGAGUCCAUAGUCAAGGAUAUAAUUCUUAUUGCACAAGGUGAAAUGGCGCUGGAAGAAUUCUUGAAGCAAGUUCGCGAAUCAUGGCAAACCUACGAGUUGGACUUAAUCAACUAUCAAAACAAAUGCAAGCUCAUUAGAGGCUGGGACGAUUUGUUUAAUAAAGUUAAAGAACACAUCAACUCCGUAGCAGCCAUGAAGCUAUCGCCUUACUACAAAGUUUUUGAGGAGGAAGCACUAACGUGGGAAGAAAAGUUAAACAGAAUCAACGCGUUGUUUGAUGUUUGGAUUGAUGUGCAACGCAGAUGGGUUUACCUUGAAGGUAUCUUCUCUGGAAGUGCUGACAUCAAGACUCUUCUCCCAGUAGAAACAUCCAGAUUCCAGAGCAUCAGCUCUGAAUUUUUGGGCCUAAUGAAGAAGGUUUCCAAGUCGCCGAUGGUUAUGGACGUUCUUAACAUACCCGGUGUGCAAAGAGCUCUUGAAAGGCUUGCAGAUUUAUUGGGCAAAAUCCAAAAAGCACUUGGAGAGUAUUUGGAAAGAGAGCGUACCUCAUUUCCACGAUUCUACUUCGUCGGUGACGAAGACUUACUUGAAAUCAUUGGUAACAGCAAAAACAUCGCGAGAUUACAAAAGCACUUCAAGAAAAUGUUUGCCGGUGUUGCCGCCAUCAUUCUAAACGAAGACAACAAUGUAAUUAAAGGUAUAGCUUCCAGAGAAGGCGAGGAAGUACCAUUUGGAAAAGCUGUUUCAACCGUUGAGCACCCGAAAAUCAACGAAUGGUUAACUUUGGUCGAGAAAGAAAUGCGCGUUACCCUAGCUUCGAGUUUAGCUCAGUCCGUACAAGAUAUAAAACAGUUUAAAGACGGUAUAGAUCCUAAACUGUACAUGGAAUGGGUCGACAAAUAUCAAGCGCAAAUUGUGGUACUGGCAGCGCAAAUAUUGUGGAGUGAAGACGUUGAAGCCGCUCUAGUUAAAAUGAAUGGAGAACCUCAAAAAGGGGUUUUAGAGAAGGUUCUGCAACAAGUUGAGAACACUUUAAAUGUUCUGGCUGACUCCGUACUGCAAGAACAACCUCAAUUGCGCAGAAAGAAGUUGGAGCAUUUGAUUAACGAGUUCGUACACAAAAGAACCGUCACUAGAAGGCUUAUCGCCAACGGAGUUUGCAGUAAUAAGUCCUUUGAGUGGCUUUGCGAAAUGCGGUUCUAUUUCGACCCCAGGCAAACCGAAGUGCUAAAACAGUUAACAAUCCACAUGGCAAAUGCCAAAUUCUACUACGGAUUUGAGUACCUAGGUGUACAAGACAGACUUGUACAAACACCGCUUACAGAUAGAUGCUACCUUACGAUGACGCAAGCACUGGAGGCGAGGCUGGGUGGUUCGCCAUUCGGUCCAGCAGGAACCGGUAAAACCGAGUCGGUUAAAGCGUUGGGUAACCAAUUGGGACGAUUCGUGUUGGUGUUUAACUGCGACGAGACGUUCGAUUUCCAAGCCAUGGGCAGAAUCUUCGUCGGUCUUUGCCAAGUGGGCGCGUGGGGUUGCUUCGACGAAUUCAACAGAUUGGAGGAGAGGAUGUUGUCGGCUGUUUCGCAGCAAGUGCAAACGAUACAAGAAGCGUUAAAAUCACAAAAGGAAUCGGCUUUGGAAGGAAAAACCACAGGCAGUAUAAGUGUUGAGUUGGUUGGAAAACAAGUCAGAGUGUCGCCUGAUAUGGCCAUUUUCAUCACCAUGAAUCCUGGUUAUGCUGGAAGAUCAAAUCUGCCUGACAACUUAAAGAAACUCUUUAGAUCACUAGCUAUGACAACGCCAGACAGACAGUUGAUUGCAGAAGUAAUGCUGUUCUCACAAGGUUUCAGAACAGCCGAGAAAUUAGCCUGCAAAAUCGUACCAUUCUUCAAACUAUGCGACGAACAACUAUCAAACCAAUCUCACUACGACUUUGGUCUAAGAGCAUUAAAAUCAGUGCUGAUAUCAGCCGGUAACGUUAAAAGAGAUCGCAUACAGAAAAUUAAAGAUGAGAAGAUCCAAAGAGGUGAGACAAACAUUGAUGAAGCCAGUAUUGCUGAGAAUUUACCUGAACAAGAGAUUUUAAUACAAUCAGUCUGUGAGACAAUGGUACCCAAAUUGGUUGCUGAAGAUAUCCCGUUAUUGUUUAGCUUGCUGAAUGAUGUGUUCCCCAAUGUACAAUAUACCAGGGCUGAAAUGAAAGGUCUUAAGGAUGAAAUCAGGAAAGUGUGCGCUGAAGAAUACCUGGUUUGCGGUGAAGGCGAUGAACAAGGCUCACACUGGAUGGAAAAGGUUUUGCAACUGUACCAAAUCUCCAAUCUCAACCAUGGCUUGAUGAUGGUUGGCCCCAGCGGAUCUGGUAAAAGUACCGCCUGGAGGGUUUUACUUAAAGCCCUGGAAAGGUUUGAAGGUGUAGAGGGAGUUGCUCAUGUUAUCGAUCCUAAAGCUAUCAGUAAGGAAGCUUUGUAUGGUGUUUUGGAUCCAAAUACUCGAGAAUGGACUGAUGGUCUCUUUACUCACAUCUUAAGAAAAAUCAUUGAUAACGUUCGCGGCGAAAUUAACAAACGCCAGUGGAUUAUAUUCGAUGGCGAUGUGGACCCAGAAUGGGUAGAAAAUUUAAAUUCAGUUCUUGACGAUAACAAACUAUUAACUCUUCCAAACGGUGAACGUUUAUCACUUCCACCAAACGUACGAAUCAUGUUUGAAGUGCAAGACUUAAAAUACGCCACUCUAGCUACAGUAUCGCGUUGUGGUAUGGUUUGGUUCUCUGAAGAUGUACUUUCUACAGAGAUGAUUUUCGAGAAUUAUAUGUUAAGAUUAAAGAGUAUUCCUCUGGAAGAGGGUGAGGAUGAUAGUUUUGGAAUGAAGAACGAGAAAAACGAAGACAUGUUAUCACCAUCACUUCAAAUACAAGUUGAUGUUGCUAAUAUGAUGCAAGCAUACUUUGCUUCAGACGGUUUGGUGGUAAGAUGCUUAGAGCACGCCAUGGAGCAAGAACACAUAAUGGAUUUCACGAGAUUGAGAGCUCUAAGUUCGUUAUUUUCCAUGUUGAAUCAAUCCGUGAGGAAUAUUUUGCAAUAUAAUCACGCUCAUUCCGAUUUUCCGAUGUCCAAUGAUCAAAUGGAGCGUUAUAUACCGAAAUGCUUAGUGUAUAGUUUACUCUGGUCAUUUGCUGGGGAUGCUAAAUUAAAAGUUCGUUCAGAUUUGGGUGAUUUCUUACGUUCGGUUACUACAGUUCCACUACCGGCGGAUCCUAGUGCUUCGAUAAUCGAUUUUGAGGUUAACAUUGAUGGGGAAUGGUCUCCAUGGUCUAACAAGGUUCCACAAAUUGAAGUGGAGACUCAUAAAGUUGCAUCUCCAGAUAUUGUGGUACCUACUUUGGAUACAGUAAGGCACGAAUCCCUUUUGUAUACUUGGUUGGCUGAACACAAACCUCUUGUACUGUGUGGUCCUCCUGGUUCUGGUAAAACAAUGACACUAUUCUCCGCUCUAAGGGCAUUACCCGAUAUGGAAGUAGUAGGUCUUAACUUUUCAUCAGCCACAACUCCAGAGUUGCUGUUGAAAACAUUCGAUCAUUAUUGCGAAUACAGAAAAACACCCAACGGUGUUGUGUUAGCCCCAGUACAGCUCGGUAAAUGGUUGGUAUUAUUCUGCGACGAAAUCAACUUACCAGAUAUGGACAACUACGGAACCCAACGCGUAAUAAUGUUCCUACGUCAAAUAGUCGAACAAAAAGGUUUCUACCGCGCUUCCGAUCAAACCUGGGUAUCUCUCGAACGUAUUCAAUUUGUGGGCGCUUGUAAUCCGCCUACAGAUCCAGGCAGAAAGCCUUUAUCGCACAGAUUUCUUCGUCAUGUACCAGUAGUAUACGUGGAUUACCCUGGUGAAACUUCUUUGAAGCAGAUCUACGGUACUUUUACGAGAGCGAUGUUAAGGUUAACACCAGGUUUAAGAGGUUAUUCGGAACCGUUGACAAACGCCAUGGUGGAGUUUUAUUUGGCGUCACAAGACAGAUUUACUCAAGAUAUGCAGCCUCACUACGUGUACUCACCUCGUGAGAUGACUCGAUGGGUUAGAGGAAUUUGCGAGGCUAUCAGACCUCUGGAUAAUUUGCCAGUUGAAGGUUUGGUGAGGUUGUGGGCUCAUGAAGCCUUAAGGCUUUUCCAGGACAGGCUUGUUGAAGAUACUGAACGUCGAUGGACCAAUGAAAACAUAGAUGCUGUGGCAUUAAAACACUUCCCAUCCGCAAACUGCGAAAACGCCUUGGAAAGACCAAUACUAUAUAGUAAUUGGUUGAGUAAGGAUUACAUACCGGUAGAUAGAGAACAAUUAAGGGAGUAUGUAAAGGCAAGACUUAAGGUUUUCUAUGAAGAAGAAUUGGAUGUUCCUUUGGUGUUGUUCGAUGAAGUUCUCGAUCAUGUACUAAGAAUUGACAGGAUUUUUAGGCAGCCACAAGGUCAUUUACUUUUGAUCGGGGUGUCUGGAGCUGGAAAAACGACUCUUUCCAGAUUCGUAGCCUGGAUGAACGGCUUGAGCAUCUUCCAGAUUAAAGUACACAACAAAUAUACCGCUGAAGAUUUCGAUGAAGAUUUAAGAUCAGUAUUGAGAAGAAGCGGUUGUAAAGACGAGAAAAUCGCUUUUAUCCUUGAUGAAUCAAACAUGUUGGAUUCCAGUUUCCUGGAGAGAAUGAACACUUUGUUGGCCAAUGGAGAAGUUCCCGGAUUAUUUGAGGGAGACGAAUACACAACUUUAAUGACGCAGUGCAAGGAAGGCGCCCAAAGAGAAGGGCUUAUGCUGGAUUCUAACGACGAGCUCUACAAGUGGUUUACACAACAAGUUAUGCGCAACUUACACGUUGUUUUCACGAUGAAUCCAUCCACAGACGGUUUGAAAGACAGAGCGGCCACAUCCCCAGCCUUGUUCAACAGAUGCGUAUUGAAUUGGUUUGGAGAUUGGUCUGAUGGCGCGCUAUUCCAAGUCGGAAAAGAGUUCACAAACAGACUGGACUUGGAUAGACCCAACUGGAAAUCACCCGACUUUUUCCCUGCAGUUUGUACGCACAUUUCAGCUACACCAGUACAUAGGGAAGCUGUUAUAAACGCUUGCGUUUACGUGCAUCAAACGUUGCAUAAAGCUAACGCUAGAUUGGCGAAAAGAGGUGGAAGAACUAUGGCUAUUACUCCUAGACAUUACUUGGACUUCAUCCAUCAUUUUGUCAAGCUCCACAACGAGAAACGUUCGGACUUGGAAGAACAACAACUCCACUUAAACGUUGGUCUAAGCAAGAUUGCAGAAACAGUAGAACAAGUGGAAGAGAUGCAGAAAUCCUUAGCGGUUAAAUCGCAAGAAUUGCAAGCCAAAAAUGAAGCUGCCAACGCUAAACUCAAGCAGAUGGUUAAAGAUCAACAAGAAGCCGAGAAGAAGAAGGUGCAGAGUCAGGAAAUUCAGCAACAAUUGGCUGGACAAACCAUCCACAUUGAGCAAAAACGCACCGAAGUAAUGGCGGAUUUGGCACAAGUAGAACCAGCUGUUAUAGACGCUCAAACAGCCGUAAAGUCGAUCAAAAAGCAGCAAUUGGUCGAGAUCCGUACGAUGGCGAACCCACCUGCCGUUGUAAAGCUGGCCUUAGAGUCCAUUUGCUUGUUGCUCGGUGAAAAUGCAAGCGACUGGAAGUCUAUCAGGACCGUCAUCAUGCGUGAUAACUUCAUCAAUACUGUAGUCAACAAUUUUAACACUGAGGACAUUAGCGAUGAUGUACGCGAUAAAAUGAGGUCCCGUUACCUAAGUAACCCUGAUUACAACUUCGAAAAAGUAAACCACGCCAGUAACGCUUGCGGACCGUUGGUGAAGUGGGCCUUGGCGCAAAUUCAAUACGCAGACAUGCUAAAAAAAGUUGAACCUCUUCGGGAGGAGUUGAACUCUCUGGAGACGCAAGCUGAAACAAAUCAAAAGCGCGGCGAUGAAGUUAAGAGUCUUAUCGCGCAAUUAGAGCACAGUAUCGCUUCAUACAAGGAAGAAUAUGCGCAAUUAAUUGCGCAAGCGCAAGCUAUAAAAACUGAUUUGGAAAAUGUGCAAGCCAAAGUUGACAGAUCUAUAGCCCUACUAAAAUCCUUGGUUAUUGAAAGGGAAAGGUGGGAGGCUACAAGCGAAACAUUCAGAUCGCAAAUGUCCACAAUUAUUGGAGACGUUUUACUAUCCGCCGCAUUCAUUGCUUAUGGUGGUUACUUCGAUCAACAUUACCGUCAAAACUUGUUCACCACAUGGUGUCAACAUCUGACACAAGCCACCAUACAGUACAGACCUGACAUUGCUAGAACUGAGUAUUUAUCAAAUCCAGACGAAAGGUUAAGGUGGCAAGCCAACGCUUUACCAACGGACGAUCUGUGUACUGAAAACGCUAUAAUGUUAAAGAGGUUCAAUAGGUAUCCUUUAAUAAUCGAUCCUUCAGGGCAAGCAACCGAAUAUAUCAUGAACGAAUUCAAGGAUAAAAAGAUUACCAAAACUAGUUUUCUGGAUGAUUCUUUUAGAAAGAACCUGGAAUCUGCGUUACGAUUCGGUAACCCUCUCUUGGUUCAAGACGUCGAAAACUAUGACCCAAUUUUAAACCCCGUUCUAAACAAAGAACUUCGCAGAACUGGCGGUCGUGUUUUGAUCACUCUCGGCGAUCAAGACAUAGAUUUGUCACCGUCUUUCGUCAUUUUCUUGUCCACGAGAGAUCCAACCGUCGAGUUCCCGCCGGAUAUCUGCUCCAGAGUUACAUUUGUUAACUUUACUGUAACCAGAAGCUCGCUACAAAGCCAAUGUUUGAAUCAAGUACUAAAAGCAGAACGACCUGAUAUCGAUGCCAAACGUUCAGAUCUGUUGAAGUUGCAAGGGGAGUUCCAUUUGAGGUUGAGGCAGCUUGAGAAGUCUCUAUUGCAAGCUUUGAAUGACGCUAAAGGUAAAAUUCUGGAUGAUGAUAGCGUUAUCACUACGUUGGAAACUCUUAAACAGGAAGCAGCAGAAAUCGGUCAAAAAGUUGAAGAAACUGAUAAGGUUAUUUCGGAGAUCGAGAUGGUAUCUCAACAGUACAUGCCUUUAUCACAGGCUUGUAGUAAUACCUAUUUCACCAUGGAUUCUCUCAACCAAGUGCAUUUCUUGUACCAGUACUCCCUUAAAAUGUUUUUGGAUAUGUUCAGUACAGUACUGCUAAGUAAUCCACAGUUGGAUGGAGUUUCCGACUAUCAACAAAGGCUCAACAUUAUCACCAGAGAUCUUUUACAGGUUUGUUAUGAAAGAGUUGCGAGAGGCAUGAUACACAACGAUCGUUUAACAUUCGCUUUACUAUUGUGUCGAAUUCAUCUUAAAGGAGUUCCAAGCGAACCAAAUUUGGACCAAGAGUUCAACUUCUUCCUUAGAGGUAAAGAAGGCGUAUUUACGUCAUCCUCAACCGAUUCUGUGGACGGUUUGAACAAUGAGCAACAAGAAGCCUUGACUAGGUUAUCAUUGAGAUUGCCGGCGUUUAAAAAGUUACCGGAGAAAAUCCGCGAAAUGCCAGAGUUUGGAAACUGGUUGCAGCAAAGCACGCCUGAGCAAUGCGUGCCUGGUUUGUGGAUUGAAGAGAAACAGUUGAGUCCGAUUGGAACUUCCAUGUAUCAACUCCUGGUUAUACAAGCUUUUAGACCUGAUAGAGUUAUAGCUGCAGCUUCGUUGUUUGUUACCGCUGUGUUGGGUGUUGAUUUCAUGCCCAGCGCUGAAAAAGAAUUGGACUUGGCUGCUUGCGUUGAAAAAGAAAUAAGAUCCAAUGUACCAGCUUUACUGUGUUCCGUACCAGGUUUUGAUGCUUCAAGCAGGGUUGACGAUCUAGCCGCCGAGAUAAACAAACAAAUUUCAAGCAUCGCUAUUGGUUCCGCUGAAGGCUUUAACCAAGCUGAUAGGGCUAUAAAUAUGGCCUGUAAAACUGGCCGUUGGGUUAUGUUGAAGAACGUGCAUUUAGCCCCACAAUGGCUUAUACAACUCGAAAAAAAAUUGCAUUCGCUACAACCACAUGCAGGCUUUAGACUGUUUUUGACAAUGGAAAUAAAUCCCAAACUACCUGUUAACUUGCUAAGAGCUGGAAGGAUAUUCGUGUUUGAACCCCCACCAGGCAUACGCGCCAAUUUACUGCGCACGUUCAGUACAGUUCCUGCAAGCAGGAUGAUGAAAGCGCCCAAUGAACGCGCUAGGUUGUACUUUCUGCUCGCCUGGUUCCACGCAAUCGUGCAGGAGAGGUUGAGGUAUGCACCGCUAGGUUGGGCAAAACACUACGAGUUCAGCGAAAGCGAUUUGAGAGUCGCUUGCGAUACUUUGGAUACAUGGAUCGACUCUACAGCGAUGGGUCGUACCAACUUACCGCCGGAAAAAGUGCCAUGGGACGCGCUUGUAACGCUCCUCUCACAAUCGAUUUACGGUGGUAAGAUCGAUAACGAUUUCGAUCAACGUUUACUGAAAUCGUUCCUGAAGAAACUCUUUACACCAAAAAGCUUUGAAGGCGACUUUGCCUUAGUGGCGAAUAUUGAUAACGGUCCUGGUGGUAACAGACAUAUAACUAUGCCUGAUGGUACCAGGCGUGAUCAUUUCUUGAAGUGGAUAGAAAGUUUAGCCGAUAGACAAACACCAGCUUGGUUGGGUCUACCAAAUAAUGCCGAAAAAGUCUUGUUAACUACAAGGGGAACUGAUUUAGUGAGCAAAUUGUUGAAAAUGCAACAGUUGGAGGAUGACGAUGAAUUGGCUUAUUCCGUGGAUGAAUCAUCACCAGACCCUGCUCAAGUAGAUGGAAGACCAUCAUGGAUGAAAACUCUGCACAACUCCGCUUUAACAUGGCUUCAAUUAAUACCUAAAAACCUACAAACCUUAAAGAGAACAGUAGAAAACAUCAAAGAUCCUCUCUAUAGAUACUUUGAAAGAGAAGUCAACACAGCCUCAAAACUGCUGUUAGACGUAAUCCACGACUUAAACGAUGUUUUACUGAUUUGCCAAGGAGAAAAGAAGCAGACUAACUACCAUAGAACCAUGUUGGGCGAGUUGGUUCGAGGUAUUAUACCAGUAAACUGGCAUAAAUAUACCGUCCCGAAAGGGUGCACUGUCAUACAAUGGAUAACAGACUUUAGUCAACGUGUAAAGCAGUUGCAGCAAGUUUCCCUGGUGGUAUCAGCUGCUGGCGCAAAAGAAUUACAGAGUUUCCCGGUGUGGUUGGGAGGAUUAUUAAACCCUGAAGCUUAUAUAACUGCGACAAGGCAGUGUAUUGCACAAGCUAAUAGCUGGCCUUUAGAAGAGUUACAUUUGGAGGUUACUAUUACGGAUUCCAAUGAUAAAUCCAGUAUUCCCAGCGAUUGUUUUGCUGUCAUAGGCAUUAAACUUCAAGGAGCUCAAUGUCGCAACAACCAACUCUUGCUGACCUCUAGCAUUAUGUUGGAGUUACCUAUAACUCUUUUAAGAUGGGUGAGAGUUAUAGGGGAAGAAAAGGUAACUGGAAGCAGAUUAUCUCUACCAAUUUACUUGAAUUCUACUAGAACAGAGCUGCUCUACACUAUAGACCUGAACAUAGCUCCAGGUCAAGAUCCUCAUAGCUUCUAUGAAAGAGGAGUUGCUCUACUUACGUCUACAGCUUUGAAUUAGGUCUUUUAGAUAAUAGAUAAGUAUAAAAUGCUUAAUAUUUAUUGUAAUUAUUAUAUUUUAAUCUGUAAUACACGC